AUGAUACACAGGCACAAGAACAAAGACUCCCAGCGGAAGGUCUCUCCGCCCGGCCCUACGUAUAUGUCCAACGACCAAAUCGAGAAGCUCUUCUCAGUGCAAUUCGUGCUGAUUGCCCUCGGCAUCUUAGCAAGCUAUCUCAAAGACCUCCGAACGAACCGCCCCCCUCGUCCUAAUGGCUCGAGACCACUUCCAUCUAAAGGAACAGGCUCCACAUCCGAGCACAAGGAGCGUCUCCCUCCACGAGCCUCGUCAGCGUUAUCAAUGAGCAGGCCCGGAGAGUCGAAAGAGGACUUGGUUGGCGAGUUGCAUCCGCGGUCGGCCAGCGCAUUGUCUCAUCAUCGUACCACAUCAGAACUCUCGUAUGGCAGUUCAGCUGGGCGGCCACUGGUGCAGCAGCCGGACGGGUACUAUAUCUCGAGGACCAUCUCGCCCAACGCCAAGGUGAAUGCGAGACACAGUCUCGGUAGCGUUGCAGCCAGUGGAGUGUAUCGGGAGAGUGGCCAGCGUUGGAUGGAACGACAGGAAGCACGUUCUUUACGCGACGCUUUGGAAGAGAUGGACCUGCAGGAAGAACGACGCAUACAUGCGGCCGCACAAGAAGAGGCAACGAGAUUGGUCUGGGAGCACCGGAAUCCCGGAGUGCCGUACAAGAAUCCGUACGCCCCAUAUCGCAAUCCUGACCUGGACAGCAAUCGAUUCCGCCAGCAUUCGGAGAAGGACAGCCACGCACGGAACAAGAGCUUGGGAGGCCACGGGGAUUCCUCUCGGGAACAUCGCCCAUCAUCUGAUAGCUCUGGGGAUCCGUCGUCGCCUGAGAGCCAGGAUGGUACGAAUACGAAAACCGGCACCUCAAAGAAGAAAGGCAAGGUCAAUUUCGCGCUGCCACCGGAAGAUAGCCCGACAAAAGGACGGAGCAGUGCGACAUCGAGGUUCAGAACUGCGAACGGGGACUCUUCGAAGGGCGUGUUUAGAAAUCCAGAGGACUCUAUAUACGAAGAGCCCGAGGAGGAGUCGAAUAGCCAGACGGAGCAAAAGAACUCAUCAACUGCAUCAACGACGUCGGCACUGAAGGUGAAACCGCGAAAUUCCCUUCCGCAGGGCUCCCGGCCUCUUCCAGACCGAACCAGUACCGUUCCAUAUGACAAAAGGUACUCGCAAGUCGAGAUUCAUAAGAACCCUCCCAGCCAGUCCAGAAAUCCGCAAUAUACGACGAACCCCCCUCCCCCAUCACCAGACUCGAAGGGAGAAGACGCAGUACCGACUAAGAAUGGACUCGAGAUACGGAGCGACGAGAUUCGGGCUGCUACCAGCAUGAAGCGCAAAGACCGCAGCCCCAACCUGCCUAUGCCGACGGCAGUCAGUGAUCGCCCAGGACAACCUAUUGUGAGCUUUGAUCCAAAUUGGAAGCCUAAAGAGGAGCAGUCGAAGAAUGACAAACCCAAACCCCCAGUACCAACGAUCAAUCUUCCGGGCGAGUCCAACGACCAAACUCCCUCGAUUUCGGUCUCACCACCCAAAGCCUCCGUCGACAAACCCGCCGAUAAGCCCGCCGAGAGAACGAGACCGCUGCCCGACCCGGAAAAGAAUCGACAGCCGAAAACUGCGGAUCCCAAGAAGAUGCCUCCCGCUUCUGAGAAGAAUUGGUACUCGCCAUUCACGCGAACGGGAGUCCCCACGGCGACCUGCAACGCCUGUUCCCAACCCAUCUCAGGAAAGGUCGUAACAGCAGCCGGAUUACGGUUUCAUUCCGAAUGCUUUACCUGCUAUCAUUGCAAAACCCAGCUAGAAUGCGUUGCUUUCUACCAGGAGCCCGAGGCCAAGCGAGCGGAAAGACUUGCCAAUGCUUCAGAGGAUGACGAAGACGCCAAGAAGAUGCGAUUCUACUGCCAUCUGGAUUUUCACGAGCUGUUCAGCCCGAGAUGCAAGAGCUGCAAAACGCCGAUCGAGGGCGAAGUUGUGGUUGCAUGUGGCGCCGAAUGGCACGUUGGUCAUUUCUUCUGCGCCGAAUGUGGUGAUCCCUUCACACAAGAAACCCCCUUUGUGGAGAAAGACGGAUUCGCAUGGUGUCUCCGCUGCCACUCCCGCCGCACAGCAGCUCGCUGCAUGGGGUGCAAGCAGCCGGUUCUCGACGAAGUCGUCGUCACGGCCCUGGGCGGCCAGUGGCACGACAAGUGCUUUGUCUGUCACGAAUGCGGGAAUCCCUUCGGCCCCGAAGGGCGAUUCUUCGUCAAGGAAGGCGAGCCCAAACGGUCCGCGAAAGGACGCAUCAUCGGCGGGCCGGUCCAGCUGGCUGUCUGUGAGAAGUGCGAGGCUAUCAGGUUGAAGGCUUCUCCUUAG